AUGUGUCUCCUGUUUCUUAUCCUGUGGAUCGAAUUCUGGUGCAGCAACGUCGCGUCCUCGACGGAGCCAACGGAGGACAGGGGCCUGGGACGAUCGAAAAGAGAAUUCGCGGAGAAGUACCUGGUGUUUCCCGAAGGCAGUAACGUUCAACUGGUGUACUGCAUGACCAUCAGCACCUACGCGAAGCCUGCGGGACUGUUCACGAUCGGACUGACGGCUGGCCAGGCUUGGCAGCUGCCCUCGAAGAGCACGCUGUCGGGCAAGCUCGGGGAUUAUCAUCGUCGAAGCAGAAGGCAGCUGUAUCGCAAGAUGGAGCUGCUUUUGGGAAGCCGGGGCAAGGAUGGAAGAGCCUGCAUCUUGAAGGCGAUCUGCAACGCUGCUAGAAGGAGCCGAAGAGAGAUUGGGAAUCGGCCUUUCUUCCAGGAGAUCCUGCACGCCGUCUUCGAAUUGCCAGCCAGCUACCACGAGGCUGAUCCAAUGACCGACUACGAGAGAGCUUACUACCUGAAAGAGAAUUGCAACGAGGCGCAAUACGGAUGCCCGGACAUGUUCUGA